AUGGGACAAGUGGGCAACAAGGAAUCUGAUGGUUCUGAGAGUUGUUCUGAACAAACAUCGGCACCUGACGGUGGUGUAACACAUGCACCCAGUCAUUUGGAUGAUCCAUCUGAGACAAGCUUUACAGAACUUCAUAUAGUUCCAUGUAAUCUGUCCGCACAGUUUACUGAUAUACAAGUUAGCGAGAAAGCUCCCGUGGAACAAAGUGAAGAAGAGGAGUUAAGCAGCAAUACAGAAGUGAAGAGUAUUCAACAUGACGUCGACAUAAAAGAAAUGAAGCAGCAUGAUUAUCAAAGUUCAUCUCAGCAACCGAACUCUGGCGCUGAAGACGUUAGCUCCGAUCAGCCUUUCUUAGAGUUGCAAGGCAUGGGUGCUGCUCACCAGAAUCCUGAUGAACUGGUGCCUGAGCCAGAAAUUUGCGAGCCCAUGGUAAAGGAGGCUGCUGCAGAACACGGUAGGCAAGCAAAUGAGGACCUUUGCGCUUCGAAGCCUCGCGAAAACAUGAAGAAGACGUCAAGGAGGAGGCUGCUGCCUGUGUCGGCCAUGAUGCUCAAGGAGUUCACCGGCCCUGCCAUUGGUUUGGACGGAGGAGGCGCCAAGGCAUCGUCGGGUGAGCAGUCGGCGAUGGCUGCUGGGCGAUCGGACGCACUCAUCCGGCUCCUCAAAGCAAAAGCCCCGCCCAUGAGGCAUCGCCGGGGCUAG